AUACUUUAUUUGUCAUGACAACAAGUUUCACAAACUUAGUUUUCAGACUUUUGAUCAGCACCACAAAUGUGCAACUAUGAGGUACUGAUAAUUUUGUGCAGAUAAUCAGUAUGGAAGAAAUUGGAAGCAGAAGUUGAACAAUAAUAGUAACUAUGAAGAGUGAGAGUGGAAAAAGUACCCCUAUUGAAGAUAGUUCACAUACAAAGAAUACUCGUGAGCGUAAUAAAAGUCAAGUUGGACGCAAACGAAGAUCACUAAAUGAGAAACCAAUCGAUAAAGGUGUAGCUGAUCGUUCUGGUGCAGCAUCAUCCGCCUCAUCGAUGAAAGAACAUCAACAACCACUGGAUAUAUUCACUCAAGAUAAAUUGAUGUCUGAAUGUGUACCGAUAUUUUUAUCGAAACCAACACAACAGAUAUUCAAUAUUGUAACAGAUGAACAAGUUACGAAAGAGUCACCCAUAACUUUAUUGAAUAAAUCAGAUAUCUUGAAAGAUUUACAACUGCGUGCAGCUGUAUCAGAUUUUAGUGUACAAAAAAAUGCAUUAAAACAAUAUCCCGGUUCUGAUAUUUUAUUAAUCUAUGAUGCAGAUUAUAAGUUUGGUCAAAAUUUUAUCAUUGUAUUGUCUGAAGAGACGAAGUCAUUGAUACUGAAUCCAGUCAAAGAAACAGCUGAUCAUCAUUCAGAAGAUAUGGAUCAUGAAGAGAUGGAAGAGGGUGAAGAAGAUGAAAUUGAAGAAGUCAGUGAUUCAGUAACACUAUUUAAAUCGACACCAGUAAGAGUAUGGGCUGAUUUAGGUUCAGAAAGAGAAAUCACUGAAAUGAAUGCUUUUGAAACACGUCCUAAAGUUUAUACAAUCUUUCAAAGACCACGUAGGGAAUUUGGUGGUCCACUGAAUUUAAAAGAUGAAAAUGCCACAAAGAAAGGUGGUUCUGAACACAUUCAUCAUUACGAAGAUAAAUCAUUCAAUGUGCCCAUUUUAGAAUUGGACAAAUCAGUUACAAAUGCAGAAACAACUUGUGAUAAAGGAACAAAUACAGACUGGAAAUAUCCACGGAAUGCAUUUACUCAGUAUACACCCAGAGUGUUUACACUUGAUGAACUACAAGCCUACUAUACAACAACUAGUACAUUAUGUAAUAUAUCUAAAUUAUAUACAGUCUUUGAACAGGGGUUACUACAGAAUGCAAUGUACAACUUUUUGUCAAAUGAUUAUGAAAAUUUAUCAUUUGGUGAUGAAACUUAUGAUACAAAAGCUGAUAAUGUUUUCAAAGAAUUUCUAUCAUUUACUGAUUUAAAAUUCAGUAAAGACAAAGCUAUAACAAUGAUACAAUCACAUCCAACAAUUAAAAGUAUUGUAGCCACAUCAGUUGGUGAACGUUUAAUUUAUGAUCAACGUGUUGAUCAAGCUUCACGUAUAUUACUUCAACCAACACAUAUUAUAUUAUGGAGUUUCAAUGAUCCAUUGAAACCUCAACUAUUGUUAAAUGCACCUGAUGAUAUUAUUUGUUUUCAGUUCAAUCCAACAAAUCCUAAUUAUAUUGCUGGUGGUUGUGUAAAUGGACAAGUUGUUUUAUGGGAUAUUGAAAAACAUGUUGAUGAUUUGAUGAAUGUUAAAAUGAAAUUGAAAAGUAAAAAUAAGAUCCCAUUAUUUGUAUUCAGUGAAAGUGAAUUACAUAAAGUAGCUAUAUCACCAUAUUCUGCUCUAAGUAAUAUAGAAUCUUCUCAUAGUUCACCAAUUAUGGAUAUAAAAUGGAUACCAGAUCAUUUAGAAAUUAAUCGUUUAGGUUAUUGUUUCGAGAAUUCUACACAAAAGUCUAUUCAAUUAAUGACAUGCGGUUUAAAUGGUGAAAUAUUACUAUGGGAUAUAAGAUCGGAUAAAUCACCAUUAGCCAUAGAUAAGACAAGUGAUCUUAUUCAACCAGCUAUGAAUGUACCAAGAACAUUUUCUGCAUUGGAUAUGAAGUGGAAACCAUUAUUAAGAAUACAUUUAUUUAAAACUGAUCCAGGUAGUAAUUAUGCACUGACUAAAUUUAGUAUACGAGAAAUGCAGGGUGAUCGCAAGAUACUUUUCUCUUCGACUAAAGAUAAAAAUACCAAUAUAGUUGACAGUACAAAUAAAUCACAUCCUCUUCCAAACGCUAACACACAUAUUUUUGCUGGAACAGAAGAUGGUGACAUAGUAUACGUUGACUGGAUACCUCAUAAAGACCAAGAUACCGGAAAGAUGCAAACACCUAAACCAGAAUUUUGUGCUUCAAGACAUGAUGGUCCAAUAAAUUAUCUCGGUCGGUCACCUUUUGAUGCGUCUUUGAUAUUAGCUAUCGGUGGGUGGAUAUGGACAAUGUGGAAAGAAGGAAAUAACAAUGGACCCAUUAUUGAAUCUGGUCAUGCUAUCAAACCAUUAACAGGUGGAAGUUGGUCUCCUACUCGUCCAUCUGUAUUCUAUGUAUGUCGUGUAGAUGGUAGUCUGGAGGUUUGGGAUUUAAUUGAUAAAACUCAUGAGCCUGUUAUGAUUCAGUCUGUAUCUGCUCAUCCACUUACAGCUCUGUCUGUAUGGGAUACGCCAAGACGCCAAUUUAUAGCUACUGGAGAUACUCAAGGCACUUUACAACUAUUAAUUGUACCUCGACGUCUGAAAACGGCAUUACCAUCAGAAUUGAAAAGUUUUGAUGAAUAUAUUUCACGUGAAGUAAGAAGAAGAGAUUUUGUAAUAAUGCGCUGGAAUCAGAGAGAACAAGAAAGAAUUGAACAAGAAUCUGAAAAUAAAAGAAAAGCUGGUGUAGCACCAGCUGUUACAUUGACCGAAGAAGAAAUUAUCCAGAAAGAAAAGUUGGAAUAUGAAAAAUACCUCUCAGAUGAACAUGCUUUCUUGAGAUCUUUGGGAUUGUUGGAAGAGAAUGAUUGAAAUGAAUAUAAACAUAGCUGAAAACUUCAGCAUACUGUAUAAGACAAGUCUUUCAAAUAAACACAUAUAUAUAGGUGUAAGAGUUUUGUAGCUGUAUACCGAAAUUAAAAUUUCCCAGUGUCCCUAUUAUUAUUAACCAGUUUUAUUACGAGUUAUUGAUGUGCUAAAAUAAAAUGCUUAAACUAGUUUAAGUGCUUCCCUUUGUUUAGCUGCGUUGUAUAUACUAUCUGAAUAUAAGUGAAUGUUGUUC